AUGGCCGGCCGGGCGCGCCGCGAGCCGCUGGCGGCGCCCGCGGCGCUGCUGCUGCUGCUGCUCGCCCUGAUGUGGCCAAGGGGGGUGCGUUGUGGUUACCACGAGAAACGGCUACUACACCACCUACUGGACCACUACAACGUGCUGGAGCGGCCCGUCGUCAACGAGAGCGACCCGCUGCAACUCUCCUUCGGUCUCACGCUCAUGCAGAUCAUCGACGUGGACGAGAAGAAUCAGCUAUUAAUAACAAACAUCUGGCUGAAAUUAGAAUGGAAUGAUAUGAACUUAAGGUGGAACACUUCGGACUUUGGUGGUGUCAAAGAUUUGCGAGUACCACCUCACAGGUUAUGGAAACCUGACGUACUCAUGUAUAAUAGCGCGGACGAAGGAUUUGAUAGCACAUAUCCGACAAAUGUGGUGGUUCGUAACAACGGCUCUUGUCUGUACGUGCCGCCUGGUAUCUUUAAAAGCACCUGCAAAAUUGAUAUCACCUGGUUCCCUUUCGACGACCAACGCUGCGAGAUGAAGUUUGGCAGCUGGACAUACGAUGGCUACCAACUUGACUUGCAAUUACAAGAUGAAGCCGGCGGUGAUAUAAGCAGUUUUGUGACGAACGGCGAAUGGGAACUAAUAGGGGUUCCGGGGAAGAGAAAUGAGAUCUAUUACAAUUGCUGUCCGGAGCCGUACAUCGAUAUCACAUUUGCAGUGGUGAUCCGACGGAAAACGCUGUACUAUUUCUUCAAUCUUAUCGUACCCUGCGUGUUGAUUGCCUCUAUGGCACUCUUGGGGUUCACUUUACCACCCGACUCCGGCGAAAAACUUUCCCUAGGUAUGAACUCUGCAUUAUUACUUUAUUAUAUUGUUACUUUUUGUUUUGGAAUAUUAUCAGAACAACAUAUUUUUUAUCUAGGUGUAACAAUUCUGCUGUCGCUGACGGUGUUUCUAAACAUGGUAGCGGAAACAAUGCCUGCGACUUCAGACGCUGUGCCACUUCUGGGUACAUAUUUCAAUUGCAUCAUGUUCAUGGUGGCCUCUUCUGUCGUAUCAACUAUACUUAUCCUCAACUACCACCAUCGGCAUGCGGACACACACGAAAUGAGUGAUUGGAUCCGGUGCGUGUUCUUGUACUGGCUCCCGUGGAUCCUGCGCAUGUCGCGACCGGGGUCGGCGACGACGCCGCCGCCGGCGCGUGCACCGCCCCCGCCCGACCUCGAGCUGCGCGAGCGCUCCUCCAAGUCGCUGCUCGCCAACGUGCUCGAUAUAGACGAUGACUUCCGGCACGCGCACGCGCAGCAACCGCCCUGCUGCCGCUACUACAGGUCCCUCGACGAUCUACACGAACACUACUCGCCGGGUGGCGAAGAGAACGGCGCAGGUCUCGCGGCACAUAGCUGCUUCGGUGUCGACUAUGAGCUCUCGCUGAUUCUCAAAGAGAUCAGAGUCAUCACAGAUCAAAUGCGCAAAGAUGACGAAGAUGCGGACAUUUCGCGGGAUUGGAAGUUCGCCGCCAUGGUCGUGGACAGACUGUGCCUUAUUAUCUUUACCCUGUUCACAAUCAUCGCCACGCUCGCCGUGCUGCUGUCCGCGCCGCACAUCAUGGUGUCGUAGCGAGCCGCCCGCCUGCGACUGCGCGCGCGUAACGUUCUGUGAUACCGUAAUACUUGUUAAGUUGUGAUGUGCGAUGGGGCGCGGACGCCGACGCCGCGACGUCGAAGAGGACGUUGCCCGCCUCUGCGCCCGCGCCGCCCUAUAGUUAUAAGUUACCGCUGACUGCCAUCCCCGUGCGCUCAACCGACUACUGCCUACCCCACUGAUAUCCUUAACUUUUUAAACAAAUAUGAGCGUAGAUCCGAACGUAGAUGAGCAUGUAAAGUGUUGAUCUACAGAUGUCCCAUAAACAAGUUAUACCGAAAGCCAGCAAUCCUAUGAUGAGUGGUUCCGAGUAGACAUUCGGUUCCCGGGUCAAUAUUAAAUAGUAAAAAGAGGCAGUGGAGUCCCCGGCGCUUGUAGAAGUCCACGCUAGACUAGUCGCCGCGCCGUGUCGAACGACCGCAGCAGCACCUUUGUCUGCGGCCGGUUCACUAAUAUGAGCACAAAAAACGUCUUCCUUCUUACCGUUGAACGACCUGUUGGAUUUAAAAUUUAAAACUUUGUUAAAUCUUUCUUGAAAUCGUAAAUUUAUAUGUACAGUUUUAGGAUUCGGUUCCGGGCAGUGAAGUGAGAGCCCGCGUUUUCUUCUCGUUCGAUUCCGUGAAUCGUGGUCGUAAUUUAUUUUCGGAUGUAUUUGUGUCCGUAGUUAGUAUAGAUGUUUACAAACGAUGUUAAUUCAAUUGGUACAGGUUGUGAUACGCCUCGUUUUGAACGGGUCGAUAUUGUUAUAAAAUGGUCAAAUAUCCAGGCUAAUAGCUUAAUAAAACGUUCGUUAAAACUUGUAGUUAAACAAAGUAUUAUUUUAUUAAAAUCAUACCCGGGUCUUUCGGAACAACUUAUACAAAUAAAUACAUUACAUGGUGAUUGGUGAUAUCUCCUUUGUACCGACUUCUUUAAUAUUGCUGAAAUAAUGUUAGCUUUUACGGAAUUUCUCCUAAA